UAAAAGUCUCAUCAGUCUAUCAGAUGGCAAAUGCAGUUUAUAACUUUUCCGCCAAUCACCAUUUUUCUUCUUCUCUGACACUUCCCGGUGGGCGCCACCUUAUGCCGCCGUUCGCCGCCGUACUCCGCCAUGGACAGAACCUACGCUUCUCCGAGCUCCCAAAACCUUACGGCUAUAACUACUAAUUCUGUAGAUUUCGCUUCAUCUUCUUCUCCUUCUCCAACUUCCAUGUUGACCGGCGGUAGCCGUGCCGUGAAAAUCAUCCCGCUGGAGCAUCCGUCUGCUACGGCAUCGUCGUCGUCGGCGACGGCGUCUGCUUCGGCAUCUGUUGUAUCGAAAUGGAAGGCGAGGAUGAAGGGGAUGACGUGGAAGGAAUGGAUUGAGCUAUUUUUUCCUUGUUAUCGAUGGAUGCGAACGUAUAAAGUGCGUGAGUACUUGCAAUCUGAUCUCAUGGCUGGUAUCACAGUCGGUAUCAUGCUUGUUCCUCAGUCGAUGUCCUAUGCAAAGCUGGCAGGGCUUCAACCCAUAUAUGGACUUUAUUCUGGUUUCAUCCCUAUAUUUGUCUACACCAUAUUUGGGUCAUCUCGUCAGCUGGCAAUUGGUCCAGUUGCAUUGACGUCCCUUCUAGUCUCAAAUGUCUUGAGCAGCAUAGUUGAACCAUCAGACAAGUUAUACACAGAGCUUGCUAUACUAUUAGCACUUAUGGUUGGCAUCUUGGAAUGUAUAAUGGCGCUGUUACGGCUUGGAUGGAUCAUACGUUUCAUCAGCCACUCUGUGAUAUCUGGUUUUACAACCGCCUCCGCUUUUGUCAUUGCCUUGUCCCAAGCAAAGUAUUUCUUGGGCUAUGAAAUAGAACGGAGCAGCAAAAUUAUACCUCUAGUCGAAAGCAUAAUUUCUGGAGCAGAUAAGUUCUCAUGGCCUCCUUUUAUUAUGGGCUCACUGAUGCUAUCUAUUCUUCUGACCAUGAAGCACCUGGGAAAAACAAGGAAGUACUUGCGGUUUCUGCGUGCAGCUGGUCCCCUCACAGCUGUUGUUCUGGGUACAGCUUUUGUGAAAAUCUAUCAUCCACCUUCAAUUUCGUUGGUGGGAGAUAUACCUCAGGGGCUGCCAAAAUUUUCUGUACCAAAGCAAUUCGGUCAUGUAAAGUCUUUGAUCCCUACUACAGUUCUUAUUACUGGUGUCGCUAUCCUGGAAUCAGUGGGGAUUGCUAAGGCACUGGCAGCAAAGAAUGGAUAUGAGUUGGAUUCAAAUCAAGAGUUAUUUGGUCUUGGGGUGGCCAACAUUUGUGGCUCAUUCUUUUCAAUUUACCCUACAACAGGCUCUUUUUCUAGAUCAGCUGUAAAUCAUGAAAGUGGAGCGAAAACAGGCUUAUCAGGGCUUGUGAUGGGAAUUAUAAUGGGUUGUGCACUAUUAUUCUUGACUCCUGUAUUUGAAUACAUACCUCAGUGUGCUUUGGCUGCGAUUGUGAUAUCUGCUGUAAUUGGACUGGUGGAUUAUGACGAGGCUAAAUUUUUGUGGCGUGUUGACAAGAAAGAUUUUCUGUUAUGGACUAUCACUUGCAUGACAACCUUGCUUCUAGGCAUAGAGAUUGGUGUCCUUGUUGGGGUUGGCGUGUCACUUGCUUUUGUUAUUCAUGAAUCGGCAAAUCCGCAUAUUGCUGUCUUGGGGCGUCUUCCUGGAACUACUAUUUACAGAAAUACUCAACAAUACCCCGAAGCAUAUACAUACAACGGUAUUGUGAUUGUUCGAAUUGAUGCACCUAUAUACUUUGCGAACACAAGUUACAUAAAAGACAGGUUACGGGAUUAUGAAAUUGAAAAAGAGGAAUCUAAAGGUCGGGGACCAGAAGUUUCAAGAAUUCAUUUUGUGAUCCUUGAGAUGGCCCCUGUUACGUAUAUAGAUUCCAGUGCUGUUCAAGCUCUGAAAGAGCUCCAUCAGGAAUAUAAAUCGCGAGACAUUCAGCUAGCCAUUUCCAAUCCCAACCGCGAAGUUCUACUUACCCUAGCUAAAGCUGGUGUGGUUGAUCUGAUUGGGAAAGAGUGGUACUUUGUCCGAGUUCAUGAUGCAGUACAAGUUUGUCUUCAGCAUGUUCAGCGGUUAACUGAAUUUCCAAAGGCACACGACUCUUUGGCAGAAACCAAACCAAGCUUGUUCCAGAGGCUUCUUAAUCAAAGGAAAGACGAAUUUUUUCAACCCGAACUCGAAUCUGGUGUCCACGAAUCUCUUCUUUCCAAGGACAUCAAUCCUCAACGCGAGCCACUCUUAUCAAAAAAGACAUGAUGAUGGAGAUUGCUUCCUUCGAAGAUGUAUCAGUAUGUAUGUUAUAUAAUGUAUUCGAUUUUUUUCCGACUUUGGUUUGAUUGAUUGAUUGAUUGACUGUAAUUAGCUUAGACUUCUAUUGAACAGAGACAGAGUUAUUUAUCAUAUGUUAUUAGAAUCUUUUUCCUGGCUGAUUGCGUAGUAUGUAAUUAGAUGCCAGUGCAAAUUUUCUGUACAUCACAGUGGAAAUAAAAGAAAAGCAUAUUGUUAAUAUCAUUUCAA